CUUCUUCAUUACAACACGACAAAAACCCACUCAAAUUCCUUUUCAAAAAGUACCAGUUUUAAUGAUAAAACAACCCGCCGGAGCUCCGGGUACUACUACCGUUGAGUGCCGAUGGUGCUGCCGGAUCCCUGAAACGAAGGAGAUGUAAACACUUUGUCGUUUUCUGAAUCUAUAACCAGAUAUAUAUACUCCCUUUUUCUCUCUCUCACACACACAAACACACUUAUAUUUAUAUAUCUAGAGAGAAGGAGAGUUGAAGGGAGAGAGAGAGAGAGAGAAAGAGCCAAGUUUCAGGAAAGGAGGCAUGCCCGGAUUCUCCCCAACAAAGGGUAAUCUUCGAUAUAACCUUGAUUUGAUACAAAGCUACUCAUAUUAGAAGCCAUUGGUAGUAUUGAAAGCAUGCAGGAAUUGCUCAAGAAGAAUUGUGAUCUGGGUGUGGUUGGGUACCCGUCUCAGUGGACGGGUACCGAGUCAUUUGUUGAACAAUCGACUUUGUCUAAUAACUUAAGUUUGAAAAUGGGAUCUUCAACGCCACGUCAGCAAAACACGAAGCAAUUAGGGCUUCAAAUUCAGUUUCAAGAUCAAGAUUCUUCAUCAACUCAAUCGACUUGUCAAUCUUGCCCUGAAGUUGCUAGUGCUGGAGAAAAUUACCAGUAUGGAGAAAACAAGUUCUCAAUUCAAUCAGGGUAUAAUGGAACUCAUGUGACACGUGAAGAAGGUAGUGUUGGGUCAGCUUUGCCAACAGGUGUUCAGGAUUAUACUUUUUCUAUUCAAGCUGAUCGCAGGCAGCCAUACGCUUGUAUUCCACUUCUAUACCCUGAUCCAUACUAUCGUGGAUUGCUUGCGCCUUAUGGCACACAAGCUAUGAUGUCUCAAGGAAUGAGCAUGACAACUACUCGAGUGCCACUACCUAUUGAUUUUGCACACGAUGAACCCAUAUACGUCAACGCCAAACAAUACAAUGCAAUUCUUCGUAGAAGACAAUAUCGGGCCAAACUGGAGGCCCAAAACAAGCUUUUAAAACCACGCAAGCCGUAUCUCCAUGAAUCCAGACAUGUGCAUGCACUCAAGCGGGCCCGAGGGCCCGGUGGUCGGUUUUUAAACAUGAAAAAGAUACAAGAAGACCAACCGGAUGGCCCGAUCAGUGGACAAGAUGACUUGGGAUCUGCUGGUGGCGGCGGCGGUAGUGGUGGUGGUGGUGGUGGUUGCUCAGAGAUUACUAGUGUGUCCAAUGGUGAGAGCUUCUUCCACCAUCAAGAACUUAGGUUCCCGGUAUACCAUCCUCAAGUUGGGCCCAUACAGAGUGUUGGGCCCAACACCGAUGGUAUACUAGGUGGAACCCACCACAUGUUUCGUUGAUGAACAGCGAAAUAGACUCGGUGAACCAACAACCUGAAAUCUGGGGGGUUGUUGGUCCACAAGGGAAGUCAUCCUUGGCUCUUUACUUUCUGUUGUUAGCUCCUAGGUUUUCGUUGGCAACACGCGACAAGGGAAUCAAGUUCUUAAUCAAGUUAUUGAAUACUCUUAAAAUGACUGAUUAUGGAUUCUGAUUGGUAUGUUUUUACAUUUGAAAAACACAGUACUUUGUCACAUUUUGUUGUCGGUUUAACUCUUUAUGUUUUAGUUAACUUGUUUGUUUUA